AUGAACUCUGGACGCCAGCGCCGGACACCCUUUAGCAUCGCAGACAUCCUAGGCCCAAGCAUGGUCCCCGGAGCACCUUUUGUGCCACAGCUUCCCGAGGCCAGCCCUGAUCCCGCGUCGCCACUGUGCGCCCUGGAGGAGCUAGCUAGUAAAACUUUCCUGGGCCAUGACCCGCGCGCUCCGCAGCCUCCUGAAGGCAGAGCGGCCCGGGAGGCGCCACCAGGUCCUGGAGCUGGUGUCCAGAGGCGCCGCAAGUCGCGAACCGCGUUCACUGCUCAGCAGGUGCUAGAGCUGGAGCGGCGGUUCGGCUUCCAGAAGUACUUGGCGCCGUCAGAGCGCGACGGCCUGGCCGCGCGCCUUGGCCUGGCCAACGCGCAGGUGGUCACGUGGUUCCAGAACCGUCGCGCCAAGCUCAAGAGGGACGUGGAGGAGAUGCGCGCGGACGUGGCCUCCCUGUGCGCGUUGUCCCGGGGGGCCCUGAGCCACCUAGCACGGCCCGACGGCGCUCCCAGCCCCGACCCGGGCCCCUGCGGGCCCGAUUCUGAGCCCCCCUUGUCAGAGGAAGAGAUACAGGUGGACGACUGAAAGCAAAGCCGCUC